AUGUAUUUACGUUUACAAAAGUAUGAUGUUAAAAUCCCUUACAGAAAAGGUUCACAAUUGUUCAUUGCAGAUACCCUAUCUCGUGCGUACCUUUCAGAAACUCAAGUUGACCACAACGCUGGAAACAAAUUUUGUGCUCAGUUAGAAGAAACCAAUUUGGUGGCAGAUUUACCAAUCUCUAAUGAACGGUUGAACGAGCUUAGACUUGCAACAGCUGCGGAUCUUGUGCUUCAGAAAGUACGUGAAUAUGUUGAGAAAGGUUGGUUAACGUCAAAACAAUACCCACCACCUGAUGUUGUUCCGUAUUAUUCGCAUCAGAGUGAGAUCUCGUAUCAAAAUGGUCUUCUCUUCAAGUCAGGAAGAAUUGUAGUUCCACAAACGUUACGAGACGAUAUGACUAAACGACUGCGUAGCUUCCAUCUUGGAGUCGAAGGCUGCUUGAAAAGCGCUCGAGAAAUUUUAUAUUGGCCUAAACUGUCGAGUCAAGUUAAAGAGUUGGUAUCGAAAUGUUCAGUGUGCAACACUUAUCAACCGAAACAGUGCAAAGAACCACUUCUAUCUCAUGACUUACCUGCUUUGCAUUGGUCUAAGAUGGGAGUUGUUUUAUUUAUAUAUGAAAACAAAAAUUAA